GGUGGGGAACGAGGAGGAGGUGGUGGGGAACGAGGAGGUGGUGGGGAGCGGGGAGCGAGGCUGGAGCCGCGGGAUGGGCAAGAAGCCCGAGACGUGACCCCGCCGGUAAAGAAGUAGAGACGACGAGGUGACGGGGAGGAGGAAGGCCAUGAUGAGCCCCAGACGGUGCGGAUGAGGGGGGGAAGAGGAGGAACUCGGCGAUCGACGAUGUUGACGAUGAUUGAGAUGAUGUCGGUUACGGGGACGACGACGGCGCUGACAGUGAUGCGAAUGUGCUGCUGGUGGUGAUGGUCGGGGAUAUGAAGAUCUCAGUGAUGAGGAGGAGGAGGAUGUUUACGCCAACACCGUCGACCUCGUCGCUCGUUAAUAGGGCGUGACGACGACGAGGAAGGAGAAGAAGAAGAGAAGACGAGGAGAGGCGAGGAGCUGGGUGGCCCUGUUCGUCCCCCAUGCGAGACGAGGCCCAUGGCCGCAUUCGGCGCUGGGCCCGUGGAGUCGCAGCGCUGCCCCCUGUGCCCGGAGGGCCCCGGGGUGGUCCGGCGGAGUCCGGCCGGAGGGGCCGGCACCCAGGCCCCAGCAGCCGCGGCCCCGAAGCCCCCGCUGCGGGUGCUGCCGUGCCUGCACGCCUUCUGCGGGCCCUGCCUGGAGGCGCGGCGGCGGCGUGACGGGCGGCUGGCGUGCCCCACGUGCCGGCGGGACGCGGCGCUGGGCGACGCGGGGGUUCAUGGGCUGCCCUCGGCCCACCUGCUGCUCACCUGCCUCCUCGGCGGCGUGGCUGACGGCGCCGGCGGUGUAGGAAGAGGUUCUGGAGGAUGUGGAGCAGCGGGAGCAGGAGGAGGAGGCGUGGAGCUCAAGGGGCUCUUGCUGGACGUGUCCCACGCCGAGAUGGGGGCCGCUGCCGCGGGCGGCGAGGCCGGGCCCCACCACGAGAGGGACGCGGUGUCCCCCCUGUGCGGGGUGUGUGGCCACGGCGUGAAGGGCCCCGCGGGGGCGAGAUGCCUAGUCGAGAGAUUUCAGAGUGGCCUGAGGCUCGGCCCCGCGGGGCCCCACGCCCCGGGGUCCCCGCAGCCCGGGCUCGCGGCGCUGGGUCCCCGGGCCUCCCCGCUGGGGCUGCCCUCCUUCCCGUCGCCUCCGCUCGCCGCCUUCCCCGGACUCGGCCCCGGGGCGCAGUGGCCCGGGUACUGCCAGCACCCCGAAGACGAGGCCGGACGCUUGUUCUGUGAGACGUGCGCACUGUCGCUGUGUCGCGAGUGCGCACGGGACGGUCACUCGAGUCACGAGGUGGUCUACCUCCCGGUACCUUCACACGACUCGCGAUCGCUCGCGCUGCAGAUGCUCACGGACGCGCAGCAGGGCCGGCAAGCCAUACAGCUGGGCCUGGACCGUGCGCAGGCAAUGGUGGAGCAGGUGGAGAUGCGGGCGCAGCAGGUGCGCGCCGAGGUGAAGGCGGUGGUGUCCGUGCACCGCAAGGCCCUUGACGAGCGCGAGUGCGAGCUGCUGCGGAAGGUCGAAAAGAUCCGCCAGGUGAAGACGCAGACGUUGCAGAGGCAACUGGAGGAGCUGCGGCAGAGCCUGGCGCGACUCGACUCCGCCGUGGAGAGUGUGCGUGCCGCCCUGGAGGCCGGGGCGGAUGCCGAGGCCCUCGGGGCCGUGCGGGCCCGCGUGGCUGCCCAGCUUCGGGAUAUCGUGGGGCUGGGCACCGCCGGGGCCCCUUCGCCCCCACAGCAGCCACAAGAGGACGACCGCGUGGUGUUCGUGCCGCCCGACGCAGCGCUCUACGCCGCCAUCCGCACGCUGGGUGCCGUGCAGAGCGGGGCCUGCCCCGAGCUUUCCACCGUGGCUGGGGAGGGCCUAACCAAAGUGGUCAAAGGGCGCCUGGCGUCGUUCACGGUGGUGACGCGUGACCACGGCGGGGAGUUCCGGCGCACGGGCGGGGACCCCGUGUGCGCCGCGGCACUGGGCCCGGACGGGCGCGCGGCGUGGGCUGAGGUGCGGGACAAGCAGGAUGGCACCUACGGCGUGAGCUACCGGCCCGCCGCCGACGGCGAGCACACCGUGUCGGUCACCGUGCUUGGCCGGCACGUCGAGGGAAGCCCCUUCCGCGUGCUCGUGCGGCCGGGACGCAGCUAUGCCGGCAUCGGCAAACCGGCCAUCACAUUCGGAGGUGGCGGCACGGGGGAUGGUCAGCUGUGUCGUCCGUGGGGGGUGUGCGUGGACAGCGAGGGUCGUGUGAUUGUCGCCGACAGGAGCAAUGACCGCAUCCAGGUGUUCGGUCCCAGCGGAGGUUUCCUCUUCAAGUUUGGCGCCCACGGUUCCCACCCCGGCCAGUUCGACCGCCCGGCGGGCGUGGCCUGGGACCCGGGCCGGGGCGGCCGCAUCGUGGUGUCGGACAAGGACAACCACCGCGUGCAGAUCUUCUCCGGCGAAGGUCGCGUGCUCUCCACGUUCGGCGAGCGCGGUAGUGAGAGCGGUCAGUUCUGCUACCCGUGGGACGUGGCGGUGAGCCCCGGCGACGGCCUCAUCCUCGUAUCCGACACGCGCAACCACCGCGUGCAGCUCUUCUCGCCCGACGGCGCCUUUGUCAACAAGUACGGUUUCGAGGGUGCGCUUUGGAAGCACUUUGACUCGCCACGUGGCGUUGCCUUCGACGCCGAGGGCCGCCUCCUCGUCACCGACUUCAACAACCACCGGCUGCUGGUGGUGCGGCCCGACUGCCGCUCGGCACGCUUCCUGGGCGGCUCCGGCUCAGGGCCCGGCCAGUUCCUGCGGCCGCAGGGCGUGGCCGUGGACCCCGAAGGCCGCAUCGCCGUGGCCGACUCGAGAAACCACCGCGUGCAGGUGUUCGAGCCGGACGGCGCCUUCCUGUGCCAGUUCGGAGCGCCGGGCGGCGGGCCCGGUCAGAUGGACCGCCCGUCGGGCGUGGCCGUCACUCCCGAGGGCCUCAUAGUGGUUGUCGACUUCGGGAACAAUCGCGUGGUGGUGUACUAGGCCGGCGGGUGCGUCGGCCAGCGGGGUGCCUCGCUCGCAAAGCAAACCCGCGUGGUUGGCGGUGUCUGCCGUGACCGCCUUCACGACACGGUCGGCCUGUCACUCAAAUUGCACACGGUACACGGGCGUACGUGGAGCAUGCACGGCAUAGACAAAGGGGGAUUCAUCAGAGACGCAGUUUUACUCUCUCGGCGAAUUCAAUUAAAUUAUGAAUAUUGUGAACAAACGGGGCAGUAAUACUGCUCGCGUUUCCUAAUUCUCUUAACGGACACGGAAUUUUCUCAGAAAACGACGCUUUAUACAUCCUUGAAUUGAAUCCGAUUGACCGUGUUUACGUUUAGCGAAGGGUCACUGAAGUGCCUGCUUGUGUGAGGCUCGGCGGCCUGGUAUCGUAAAAGCACAAGCGGCCGUGCAGUGCCGCCCCAUGGGUUUUGCUUUGCAGCCGCAGGCGUCGGCAUCGGGGGUCGAUGCGCGGGGUGCACGGUCCGCGCGGCGCGCUCUCUCUCCCUCUCCUCGCUCGAGGUUUUCGUGUCCCGUCCGUGCGGCAGUCUGAGAAGACGAACUUGGCCCCCGUUACACGCGCGGGCGUUUAAAGUCGCUUGUGUUAGAAAGCCCAGAGCUUAGAGCUGUCCAUUUUCACUCUCCGUGUUGGCGACACAAAGGCUGCCGUGUUUCAAAUCAGCACUUUGAGGCCACCGAGCGGUGGCGAGCGGACUCGCAGGGAACGCCGCACCGGGGCGGCCGACCGUUCCGCCCGGACGCCCACGACGUGGUGUCUCGUGGCUAUCGUCGGCGCCCUCGCGACGACAGCGGCGACGCUACCCGACAAACGAGACGCGAGUAGGGUAAACGAGUGAUAGGAGCUCGCUCACUCGCUCGGUAAACUGCGACCCCUCCGGGUGGCCACAACACGGCUGGCACCACGCCGUUGGUACAUCCCUGGUGCCCUGUGAUUCCAGGCGAACCUUGGCGAUAGUGUGCACCAGGUGCCAGGGCUUGAUUUCAGCUAUCCGGCGCGUCCGUGUCUGCGAUUCGGAGAGUAUUCAUUGAGAAAUCAAGCCCUGUCCGGUGUUAACGUGUCCCCUGGUGUUCCUUGUACCCGCGUGUACCCGGCGUCCAUGCGAGCCCCGCGCCCACGAGUACCCGGGGUGGUUUUCCGGUGUCCGUGUGUUCAGGCCAACGCCAUUUGCACAGAAAUUUAAUUUAAAAAAAAAAACCUCUAAAUGUUCACUGAAUGUAUGAUGAAAACCACACACAAGGUCCCUCAGGGAAAGAGUUCUGUCCGAGACAGUAGGAAGGAAUCGUUGGCAUCACAUGCAAGCUACCUCAGCUGACCAAAGAGAGCGUGCGGCGCGCAUGCGUGGCAGAGCGACGCGCGCACGCCCCCCCCCCCCCCCGCAUGCACGCACUGCCAUCGCGGCGCACGGCGACACGUCGUUGGCGCCCGGCGCUAGCAGGCCGCUCGUGUCCCCGUGAGCCAUCCACUAGAGAUCUAUCUACCUCACUUUUCUGUUGCCUCAUCAGCCUGUCAGUGCUUUACGAGCGCUUCACGGUUUAUUUUGUCUCAGUGUGUCUCCGCGUGCGGUCACGUACUCGGCUUUUGCGUUUAUCUCAGUCAAGGCUAGCGGGAUCGUGACAUUACACGACAAGACCGGGCACGACUUGUCUUUUCGUUGUUUUCAAAGUGGGAUUGCUGCGUGUAAAGACACAGAAAGCUCCCUCUUGUAAAACCGAUCGCCUUUUGCAAUAAUAUUUCGCUGUUUACUCUCAAUAAUGAUGCAGCCCAGCUUGGUUAGUCUUUAUGAAACUUGAAUUUCCAUUCAUAGAGCCUUGACGUGUGCACUGGAGCUGCCCGGGGCCACCGCGGCUCCAGGGGCAGGGUGGAGCCAGGGUGGAGCCAGGGUGGAGCAGGGUGGAGCCAGGGUGAGCCCCGCUCUGAACCCGUCCACUCUCCUCACCUCUGCCGGGCCGUUUGUCCACGACAGAUAGCUUUAAUAUGCUCACCCCUAACCUUCCCGCUAGCUUUAGUCUGAAAUAUAUAUUUUAUUUCCCAAGGCUGCAUUAUCUUCCAUUUUCUGCCUUGCUGAUUGUGUUCUUUAGUUGCCAAGGGAUGGGACGAGGCUGGGCAGCCCCCGCGGUGGUGGCGAGGGUUGGGUGAGAAUGUACGCGGCGCUGCGCUCGCGUUGGGACCGUUUGAGCUACCUCGCCGUGAGCAGCAGCAACAGCACAGACAUUGGAGACGACAGUGUCGCUGUAUUUAUCUCUUAUUUAUCUCGCUGUACCUCAAACACUGUCGAUCGCUCGCAGACUACUGACCUUAUUUAUACCCUACACGCGACGCGCGGAAGCCGUGGCCGUGCUGGCUGGCAGGGCUCGGCCGAUGACGGUGGGGGGGGGUAGCAGUGGCGCCACAGGUGUAACCGCUCCGCCAGGCCCCGACGUCGUUCACCGUCGGCUUGAAGCCGCGCAGCCGCCACCUUGCGCGAGCGCCGCUCGUUCCCACACCGCGGCGUUAAAACCACUUCGUGCUUAACCGUCGUGUAUGCCAGCAUGGGUCGUACCGACAUGUUUAUAGAGCUACAGGAUUGUACAGUUAGUAGUAGCUAGACUGGCCGAUUGCAGAAACAAUUCGAGUGGAGUGUCCCCUCGGUUUGGCAUUGAUGGUGGAAGUUUCGCAUGAAAAACACUUAAUGCAACCGGCCGCUCGUCUUUUGAAAGCUGUUUUGUUUUACCUCAAAGCGCCCUCAGUGCGGCACCGUCUCACUGAACCCACGUCCAUGGGCUUGUCUCCGUGCCAGCCACGGGGCUGAGCAGCCGCCAUCGAUGAUCUACCUCCGUCGCCCUCCUCCCGCGCCGCCCCGGAGAGCCUCGGGUGCUGUCCGUUCAGAACCGGUCUCUGCCUUAAACUCUCCCCGCCGGCCUCGCCGCUCGCUCGCUCGCUCGCCGCUACCCGCCCCUCGGCCGCGCACGUUCGUUGCCGCGUUCCCGGGACACGUUUUACGACUUCCCGUUCGCGGUGGUGUACGGUAACACCGGCCUUGUUCCGCCAUUUCCUUGAAUGUCGACCGCUCGACUCUCUCAACCGUGGAAUCGACAGCCGUGAGUUAUUUGGCUGUGCCCGCAUUGUUGCCGUUUGCGGGCAACUCUCUCUCUCGGUUGGAUCGUAGCGCCGCCAUGGUGGGUGCGCCCCAGCACCUGGCGGGCGGCGUUUACAGUCGAAGCGGUUGUUGCGUCACAGCCCAAUUUCACUUUCGUAGCCGCCUCCGCGGCACGUAGCGCUGGCGGGGUGUCCCGCGUCAUGCCACGUGCAGUAUUUAUAGUGGGCAUUCACGGGGAGGAGCGGGGGGCCCUGAGUGUACCCCCCCCCCGCCCCCCGCUUGUCACGCUCAGGGCAGUCAAACCAGGGUCGGGCGCUAUCGCCCUCGCCCCCGCGUGCCAGCCUCGUCGCCACCCCCCACCCCCCCCAAAGCGGCGCCUUUGGCACCGCCACCAAUCCACCUACCUCAUCUGUUCUGCGUCAUCCUCGCCUCAUUCCACCCUCUACCUCACGGUGAACACACGUGGAAAUGCGAACAGUGAUUGCACAGCAUGGCGAAAUCACGUCCUGUUGUCGUCACCCACUGUGUUGCACCAUAAUCAAUUCGUGUUUUUGUACGCCACAUUCCGCAGGCCCUGGUGUGUACUGCUUGUUCUGUGGGGCCCUGUAGUUCUACCGUGUUCUACAGGAACCCUGUGGGUAUUGCAGGGCCCUCUGGUUGUAAUGUGAGCCCCUGUCUGUACUGUGUGUGUGUACUGUGGGCCCCUGCGUGUACUGUGUGUGUACUGUGGGCCAUGUGUGUGUACUGUGGAGUCCUGCAGUCCUGUCCCACGUACUCUCACUGACCAGCGGUGAAUUUUGUCGGUCUCAAUGUCCCCGCUGUAAACUGUACCCGCUGGAAACUGUACCCGAGUGCCGUGGCCGGUUUCCUGGGUCGGAGGAAAAGACGACACUCACUCUCGGUUGCGCCCCUUAGUUACGUCACAUCCCCGGUGGGGCGCUCCGACCUUCGGUGACGGUCGCGGGCCCGGCGGCCAUGACCCGAGGUCGCUACCCGGCCGGACCGCGACGUCCCCGCGACCUCGAACCAAAAGUGCGGCCGGACUCUGUGGCCGUGAGCGCGGACCGUUACAGAUUCACGAAAGCUGGCCUCGAGCGCAAACUCUGCGAGGUUCGAGGGCACACGCGGUGCCGGUGUUUGGAAACCAGCGAUUAAGUCGUGCUCAGAGCUUUACCAAGCGCUCACCAAAAACCUUAGCGAGAGGAGCAUGGCUGGUUUGGCGUUUGGUGUGUCAAGUCUGGUUGGAUCGUGCUGCGCAUGGACAGGGGCUUUGGCUUUGUGCCACCGCCGCGUGGCAAUGGAGACUGGCCGACGUUUGCUCCGAUGGUCGCAGCUUUUGCCGUGUGAGGAGUAAAUUCUUUUCGAUGGAUUAAUUUGUUAUUUGUUAAGUUCGUUUUUAAGCACAAGAAUAAUACAAUAAUGUAACUAUAUAUAUCAACACAGACCUCUCUGGAAAUGUGCUGGUCCAAGACCCACAUGUUUUCUGAUCAACAGAAGUCACAGCGUGCGUUGCUGUUAAAGGCAUUUCUCAAGUCUGUUAAAACAGAAAAUAACCCAAAACGUCUCAGGUAAAAAAAAAACCCGCAAGCUUGGGAUCUGCGUGAUUUGCAGAACACGUAAAACGUUUCUCAAAAAAAAUUAUUUGGUUUCUUCCGACAAGUGUUCUGCUCUAAAACCAUUUUGGGAUGAUGAAUGUAUUGUGGGUGUACAGCCAGGGAAUUUAUAGGUAGGUGAAGAUAAUUAUCAUAGCCUUGACUGUAAAGGUAGAUUAAUGUGCAGUGAUUUUCAGUCCCCUCGGUUCUGUGUAUCAAGUAGACGUGUAGCAGGUAGGCGUUUAUUUAAUGGGAAUAAUCCGUCCGUAUUACACGAGUCCGUGGUCUCCUUCGUGUCCAGCGCAUGUCUUCAUACGUGGUGUCCUCUUGCGAGACGCGUAGCUCCCCGCGAGAGACGGGCCGUGACGCAGGCCCUUCGAGACUAACCUCACAAGCAUUGUAAAUGCUGUCAUGAUCGUUUGCGGUCGGUAAACUCGCGGCUCCGAGUCUCGCGCCCGUGCCCACGUGCGAGUCUCCCGCGCUGCCAGAUCGUUACGCGGUGCCCGGCGGUUCGCGUUGACGGCAGCGGAGCCGGCGCCGUGGAGUUCGCCGCGGCACCGGUGCUUGCGGCGUGAUCGCCAGCGCGGCUUGGUGGAGCGGAACCCUGUGAUUGUAGCGACCGCAGUGACCCGGGGGGCUGGGAACUCGGUUAUUUCACUCGUAAGACUGGUAACGCGUGUUUUGGAAUAGAAAUAACAAAGAACUAAAGCGAUGAGAUUUACAAUGAAACUAAUCAUAAAAUAUGGCUUUAAAAUGCGACAGUGUCUGAAAAAUUUAGCUCUAAACUUUUAAAUAAAAAGGGUACGUACGUAACGUGAAUCCACGGUAAACAUAUGAGCAGCCUUACAACUAUAACGCAGUACAGGGGGAGCAGUGGCCAUGGGGAGGUCCACGUGGAACCACAGGGUCGGUGAGCCUCGUGACAAGCCGAGAGCCAGCUCCUCCACACUGCGCAAGCAGCGUCCCCUGGCACAGCUCCCACUAAACCCCAACCCUGAACCCCCAAUAAAUGACUUCCCCAACCUGAACCCUAAUACCUGAACUCUCCCAACCCCACCCGUUCUUGACACCCCUUCGUUCUUGACACCCCCUCAAUGUUGAACCCUGAAUCUCCAAUCAAGAACCCUGCCAACUGUAACCGAGAAUCAAUGAACCCCCAAAUGCUGAACUCCAAGCCCUGCACCUCACAGUCCCCACCCCUGACCUCACCCUGUGGGUCAGCGCGUGUGUGUGGGGCUGUGUCUGUGCGUUACCCACGUGUGGCAGUAUCAUAGCAAGGAGUUCUCUCUGAAGCCACUUUGCGCAGCAUGAAGUAUAUUCUCUCCAUGGUUUUCUGUACACAUUUGGUGCAAUUUAGUCCUGUACAAAUAAUCCUUUUAUAAUAAAUUGCUGCUGUAAUCAUAA